AUGAUUUAUUAUGUGAUAUUCUCUUUACUUCUGAACCUGAGUUUGUAAUCAACAAGAAUCAGGACCAAAGAAUCAUACACAACAAACUAUGAAAUUGAGCAAGACACAAUCAAGAUGGCUCAUAAAAAACAAAUAGUAUAUGUGCUAAAGUAGACAUAUUAAAAUAAUCAAAGUUUGACAAAUGCAUAUGAUGUUGAUGUAUUUGGGGAUUCUGAAACUCCAAUAUAGACACCAUACCUUUCUUUGGACAAUGAAGAUGUUGAAAUGUUAGAAGUGAAAAAUUGUAAAUACUGAAUUUGAAUUCUAGAAUGUGUAGGUGUUCCUAAACAUCCUUAGUUAAAAGAGAUUUUGCAGUACAAAAUCAAAGAUGCCACUGAAGAUUCUUAUUACACAGAUAUGGUGACUCUAUCAGAGUAUUCGAAUUUAUUUUUAAUGACUCAAGAAUUACUUCUCAUAUAAGUAAAGCUGCGUUGUAGUGAUUCAGGAUGGAUUGCUUAAGAGUCAUAGAGUGUCUUUGAUUUGAAAAAGUACCUUAGUUUGCCAAAUCCAACAAUCAAAACUAACGCUUAAUUUAGCUGUCCUAAAGUAUGUAAUUUUGUAUAGGAUUUAAUAGAAACAUCUGAAUUGCUUGAUCGUAACUCCAUUCGGAGGAUUUUGGGUUUCCAAAUUUUCAGAUUUUGAUUCAAAUGAUUUGCCCAUUGAGCCUCAGCCUGAAUAAAGGAUUUUACAAAGGAAGAUAAUUCAUAAAGUUUCUACCUUUGGAGAGUAUUUAGCAGUAGCAGUAGGUGCUGAUGGAGUGGAUGUAUACACUUAUGAAUUGGAUAACAAGGACAUAUAUAAACGAAGCAUUCUGCACUUAUUAACAAUCUCAAAGUAAUAAUUCAAUGUUACGGUUAACAUAAUUGGGGUGAAAGUGUAAGAUGACAAACUAUUUUGUCUAGAUGAAACUUAAGGAUUAUUUGUUUUCAAUACUUCGAAUAUAAGAAAGCCAAAUCUAAUAAUGGAUAUACACAUACCGAGAACUGUAGCAUUUGAAGUAUAUGAGAAUACAGUUUUAGUUGUUGCUUAAACUCCAAGCAAUAUUGAAUACAUAAUGGAAAUCUUCAUAGACUUAAGAGAUCAUUCAUAUUUUGUGAACAGGGUUUUUGUUGAUGAUUUUACUUAUAGGGAUUUGUAGAUCAAUCCAAAUUAUGCAUUUUUGAUAGGAGAGGAAGCACAUUUAAUAAUUAAACAUUCAAUUUUCAAUGGAUUUGUAAAAUACAAUAAGGAAUUGGUGAAAACUUUCUUUGAAAAUUAAUUGGUGCGCUUUGAAUUAUACAGUAAAUCAAGUGAACCUGCGGAGUAGAGAUUCAAGGAAACUUUCUAUUAUGUAGGAUUAUCUCGUUAAGCUAUCCACGUAUGGAAAUUCAUGGAUUAUCAUGCCUUUUUACUCUGUAGUUUUGAUGAGAGAUCAGAACAUGAAAUAGUCGUUAAAUUAAACUCUACGUCUUGUGAUGAAAAUGUCAAAAGAGAGAGUCUAUAUCAAUAAUGUUAAGCGGAUUAAAAAAUUAAUAUUAUGGUUUCAGGACCUCUGUUCUAUUCGGAUACCUUUACAAUUUUGGUCUUUAUUCUCAUUUUUUUGGGCGUAACAAUAAAAGUUAAACUUAGAUUGUACUUUGCAUAAUUUGUAUAUGUGUCUGUGUUCGAUGGAAAAGAUUGCUGAGGGAAUUGGAGGAGAACAGAUACUAAAUAAAAGAAAUGAAGAAGUAUGGCCAUUUGCCAGAAUAGGAAUAAUAUUCAAUAUGA